GCCAGGAAGCGCGCCGCUUUCCCAUGGCCUGGGCGUGGCAAGGCCAUCUUCUGCAGCGCGACGACGCCCCGUACCAACGGCUUCCAUUGGAACGGCAGAGGUCGCGUGGGGGAAGGGCCGUCCCAUGAUGGAGCCCAUGGGAAUGCUGCGACAAAGCAGUGCUCCAAGCCUCGUACCCGGUGGAUAUGGAGGCUUCGAGCCCUACCAGAGGCUCUCAAAGGCCAGUUACGACGUCAGCCGAAGCCCAGGAAUGAGGCGAUCUGCAUCAGCCUCUAACUUGAACUUCACACGUCCUACCGCCGCUCCGUCGAUGCCACAGCAGCCAGCCCAGUGA